AGCCGCAGCCUCUUUUCCCCUUUUAAAUUGAUGUUUUGCACCCACGCUUGCACUCACAAGACUUACAGUCACACCCCAGAACAAAACAAACUAGAAAGAGUACGAUCCAAACAUCUCCAAGAUUCCAACGCUUCUCUGCUCCAACACCAUUAAUGGAAGAUUAUUAUUAUUCAAGGAGCCAUGUACCAGCAUUUGGAAGCUGGGACUGGAACAAUGAUAUGCCUUUCACUCAGUGCUUUGAAUCAGCCAGGCAAGCAGGUCUGCUUCGUUACAGUUACUCAGAAGAUCGUGAUCUCUAUGUUGCUGGUGAUCUCUAUGAGAAUGAUGUUGUCACUCCUACCAUGAUCGUCGUUCCUCGCCGAAGGGAAAAAAUGCGUCGCCCUCGUGCCAAAGAAGAGAAAAGGGAGCAAAGUUGGGCGGUGACAAGUGAUGUAAAGGAAUCGCCAAGUCCUCCUCCGAUGUCGACCAGGCCAACACCUAAGCCAGUUGACGAGGACUUGUAUAAAAUCUCACCGGAGCUCCUUUAUGCAAAAACCAAAAAGAGGGGAGGGCUGUGCUUCUUUUCAAGCUGCUUGAUGCCCGCCUGUGCUCUUUGAAGGCUGUAGGACUGCGUAAAUAUAUUUAUAUUAAUAUAUAUUAUAUAUUAUAGUAAGGGGAUGAGAAGCACAGAUUAUUUAGUGCCCGUUUGGUAACGCUGUUAAGUAUGUUACUGGCCGCAUUACCAAACGUAACCUAAUUCCUUAAUGUGACAGAAAUUAUGUUAUAUUACUACUAGUUAGCCAGCUAGCUGAGACUUGUUGCCGAGUGGUGAAGGAAGGGUGGUUUUUCAUUUCUUUUGUUUCGGGUGGUUCUUUUUUUUUUUGUUCUUUGAAAGUCUCUAUGGCAUUUGAAAAUAGGGACGAAUUAGAAAGGUUUUAAAAAGAUAAGGGGGGCUUAUUGGUGUGUGGGGUAAGUUUGUAUUCCCUUUAUGUGGAAAAGAAAAAGCAAAAAGGCUCUCAAGCAAUUUCAUCCUCGCAUUUAGUUC